AUGGCCUCAGCUCAGCCUCCAGCUGGGGCAAAAGGUGGACGGGGCAAGGGGCUGGAUUUCACCCCCCCCCCCCACACAUUCCCACACCACUGGGCACAGGCUGGGAGUGUGGCCCCUAAAGCGGCCCCCAGCCGCAAGCCCUGGCUCAGCCGGUGCCGUCUCCACUCCAGCUUCCAGGUGAAAUUCCUCCGUGGUCAGUACAAGGAGGCCAACGUGGCCUUGCUCUUCAGCCACUGCUUCCAGGGCUCUUCCCACAUCCUCCUCAACAGCCUGGUGGAGAAAAAGUGGGGCCAGGAGCAGAGGGAGGACAACAGCCCCCUCUGCAAAGGGGGCAGCUUCACACUGAUGUUCACCAUCACCGACAAGGAGUACCAGGUGACUGUGAACGAGCAUCACUAUUUUGAGUUCCAGCACCGCCUGCCACCGGAGGACGUGCACUACCUGGAGGUACACGGCGAGGUGCAGCUGGAGGCCGUCAGCUGGGGAGAGGGCUGCUGUGACAGGAGCUGCCUCACCGAAGGGGCCUGUCCUGGAGCCCCCAGGAUGUCUGUGAAGAUGCUGCGGAUGCAGACAGGAGGGGAUCAGUGUGGCCAAUCCACCUCCCCGCGAGACGAGAACUCCCCCAUUGACCUGGCGCGGGCUACAUGGAGGUUCGGCCGGGUUAACGGCGUCGCCCAGGAUAGUGCACGAGUUGAACUGAACUCAUGA